ACCGCUUUUGAUAAAGCACCUCUGCGCUUUUUUUUCCUGACCAAGAUGGCGCUGCCCAUAGUACGAUGCUGCUUGCAGAGAGUUUUUGCUCAGAGUCCUAGCCACAUUUCCUCUAGAAUUGUUCAGUAUCCUGUAGUGGUUCCUUGUUUUACCAACUUACUUGUUCCCAGUAGAAAGUAUGCUGCAAAGUCACCUAGAAAAUAUAGAAGAGCCUCUCAGGAAAAAAAAACAGCAUUGGAGCCUAAGGAAAAAGAAGACCGUUAUAAAUUGCCUUUACCGCUUGAGCCAAAGGACGAUGUUUAUUUGACCUGGUGUUAUCAAAAACAGGUUUAUGACACAGAAACAGCUGUAGAGCUUUUGAAGAAAUUUCAACCACUGGAUUUUACACCUCCCACCCAGGAAUUGUACGCACACAUCACCUUGGAUAUGGCAUCGGAAAAGAAGAAAACUGUGGGGCCAUUUAUUAGUACUCUUUUGUUGCCUUACCGUUUCACAGACGCCAUCCCCAAGAUUUUACUAUUCACACAGGAUCCAAAAGAAGCAGAUCUAGCAACAGAAAAUGGAGCGACCAUAGUUGGAGGAAUCGAGUUAAUUAAGCCGAUUUUAAAUGAGGAAAUUGAGGCAGAUUUUUAUAUCGCAGUGCCUGACAUAACAACAAAAAUUAAUCCUUUAAGGAGUUUUCUGAAACAAAAGUACCCUUCCAUCAAAAAUGGUACUAUUACUUACAAUAUCCCUGAGACACUUAAUUUCUUCAAAGUCUGCCAUGAAUAUGCAGUGACUAACGACAACCUCAUCGAAACCCCGUUUGCAAUGCUUGACAUGCCUAAUGAUCAGAUACUUGCCAAUCUGGACAGUAUUAUUAAGGACAUUUGCAAACACAAAUCUUCAAAACAAGGUUCUUUUGUAAGAAGUAUGAGCAUUCGAAGUUCAACCAGUGAAGCCUUGGAUGUGAAAGUUGAACCAUUUCUCCCCGAAAAAGCUCUGGAACAGAAGUCGGAAGAAGCCGAAAGCAUCAGCGAAGAAGAAAAGCAAGAAGCAGAUGAUUAGAAAGGCUGCAGAAAUGUCAUUUUCCUUGUAUAAAAAUGAGAAAGGGCAGUCCUUGUAGCUUCAUCCACAUUUUCCCUUCAAGUUCUGGUCCUGCAUGAGAAGUUUGCACCAAUUUCGGAGACAAUUGAAUUGUCUCCAACCCUGAAGCUCCUUAGUGGUGUUAGAUCAAUUUGGGGCUUAGAAAUAUCUAGGAAUUAUUGAUAUUACAGGCUCAUCGCGUCUGGGUAGCCUGCCUGCACUGACACUAAUGUUUCAGUGCAAACCAUUCUCCAUUUGUAAAAAAAAAAAAAAGAUGUAAUUGCACAACGUUUUAUUAAAAAUGAAAAGCUU